AUGUUGGCUAGGGUUUGGAGAUCGACGUUUUCUUCUUCUUCUUCUUCUUCUUCUGCUUGUGCUGCGAGAUUGAUCAGUCCGAGGUUGAUUCAUGGUUGUGCCGCCGAGAAGAGUGUACCGUCUUUGAGCGAAGGAACUUUCCGAGGAGAGCAUUUGAAACUGAAAUCUGGGUUUCAUGACAUCAAAGGCUUAGAUGAUGCGAUCGAUUUGUUCGACGAAAUGAUAUACUCUCGUCCCCUCCCUUCCGACUAA